GUGGUUCUAGACGACUUCACCUUCGCAACAUGGGAAGAAAACCGUCAUGGUUACGCAGGAGCCAUGGACUGCUACAACAACUACUACGGUUCGGCUCCUUGUGGGCCUGUCGGGACGUUCAGAGUGGACACACGAGGGACUGGCCUGGUCGUCGACCUCAAUGCAAAAUGGAAAGGGUUCGACUGGCGUCCAUACACCAGUGUGACACGCUCGGAAGGGGGCGCCGUGAUCGACCUACUGUGUGGAGGAUGGUGUGGAGGCUGUGUACCGGCCCAGGGUCUCCGUCUCUACUACAACCACAACGACCUGCUUGUUGACGGAAACGCUGUACCCACGGAGUUUGGCAUCUACUGAAGAUCGGCCGAUAUAUUGAAGCAG